GAGUGUAUAUGUUUCGAAACUGACUGCAUGAAAUGAUACAAACAUGAAGACAGAGGGAACAGAAAACUCAAAAAGUGCCUCUGAGAUGCCUGACAAGAUUUUAGGCACAGGAUCACAAAAUGUAGCCCUGAAACGUGAAGUGGGACUUUUUAGCUCAGUAUGUUUGAUUGCAGGUAUAAUGAUUGGUUCUGGAAUCUUCAUGUCACCAGAGUGGGUUUUGUACUAUAUGGGCAGUCCAGGCGCCAGUCUUUUAAUCUGGGCUGCUGGUGGUGUGCUGUCUAUGUUGGGGGGUCUCUGCUAUGUAGAACUUGGGACCACAAUAAAGGAAUCCGGUGGAAAUUACAUCUAUUUGCUUAGAAAUUUUGGGCCACUUCCUGCUUUUCUUUACAUGUAUACCACAUUAAUUUUGACCGGGCCCUCAAAGACAGCAGCUAACGCACUAAGUUUUGCAAAGUAUGUGGCUGCACCAUUUUAUGAAGGUUGUGCUCCACCCCAAGUGGUAGUAAAAUGUGUGGCUGCCAUCUGCAUCUUAGUUGUAACUGCCAUCAACUGCUUUAAUGUGAAACUAGCAACAGGUACUCAGAAUGUCUUUACUGCGGCCAAACUUCUGGCACUAUUUCUCAUUCUUGUUGGCGGAGUGGUUGUGUUAAUACGUGGACAGACAAUGAAUCUUCAGAAUGCCUUUCAAGAUACAGCUGUGGGUUUUGGCCCAGUAGGCCUUGCCUUCUACCAGGCUCUGUGGGCCUAUGAUGGCUGGAAUAUGCUAAACAAUGUGACCGAAGAAGUGAAACGUCCUCAGAAAACCCUUCCCAGAGCCAUACUAAUUGCAAUUCCAGUGGUCACUUUCCUCUAUGUGAUGGUUAAUGUCAGCUACUUUGCUGUAAUGACAACAAAUGAAUUUUUAAAAUCAAAUGCUCCUGCUGUUACUUGGGGGAGUAAAAUUCUGGGUACAUGGAUGUGGUUGAUUCCAGUCUCAGUUGCCAUGUCUACAUUUGGAACAAUAAAUGGUACAACAUUUGCUGCAGGACGUGUAUGGCAUGUGGCAGCAAGAGAAGGUCACCUGCCUGAUAUUUUUUCCAUGGUGCAUGUGCAACGCCUCACUCCAUUCCCUCCGUUGAUUAUUAAAGCAUUUCUAGCUUUGUGCAUGAUUAUACCAGGAGACUUCGUAAGCAUUGUGAAUUACUGCAGUUUUAUGACGUGGCUGGUUAUUGGUGUAUCUACUGCUGGUUUACUGAAGAUAAAGAUUAUAGAACCUAAACAUCCUACCUCAUACAAGGUUCCUAUCAUAGUUCCAGUCAUUUUACUCAUUGCAUCAGUCUAUCUGGUAUUGGCACCGAUCAUUGACAAACCCCAAAUUGAAUAUUUAUAUGCUGUUCUUUGUAUUCUUAGUGGUAUCUUUCUAUAUUUUCCACUGAUACAUUUUAAAUGUCAUCCAAAAUUUCUGUCUAAAAUUACUCUUCAUUUACAGCUUUUUCUGCAAGUUAUUCCUACUGCUAAAAACAUUGACUAGUUAAUCCAAAAACACUCCAUUACAUAUUGUAUUAUAUCUUUACUUGCAACUGCACUUUGAGAAAUUACAAUGUCUACACCACAAUAAGGAAUUAUAUCAGAUGAUUGUAUAAUACAAAUGUCAGCUAUAAUAGCAUAUAAUGUAAUUUCUGG